CAGAUGAAGUGAACCUGCUGGACAAAAUCACCCUCCACGCCCAGGACCUCAGCAAUAUUUCCUUUGCCUACGAUGAAGGCCACUGCAGGUUCCUGGAGGUGGGGCAGUAUGCCACCCUCAACAUCCCCACCAGGGAGGCCUUUGGGGACAGGUUUGCUGACGAGCUGAGCGUGCUGAUGAAGCUCAGGUACUCCCUGAAGGAGGACACCAGCCUGGUGACCAUCCUCAGCCACAGGAGCCACGUGCUCUUCCAGAUCAGGAUCAGCCCCUACGGCCUGGUCUUUGUCACCACGAGGAGGAGACACUACGAGUUCCCAGUUUCCUUCCUCAGUGAUGGGCACUGGCACCAGGUUGCCCUCAGCAUCUCCCUGGAGAGGCUGGAAUUGCACGUGGACUGUCGGCUGGUGGACAGAGUGAGCUGGGCCAACUAUUUCGGGAUGGGAGUGAACACUGAGGGGCUGAUCAUCAUUGGAGGCCUCAUCGAGUCCUUUGAGAUCCCCUUUAAGGGAGCUCUCCAGCAGCUGACCUUUGUGAUGGGAGACGCCUCGGCCGCCGCUGAGCACUGUCACAGCUACAACUCCACCUGCACGGGCUCCUUCAGCCUCAACCGCUUCACCUCCUCCUCCUGGGAGCCCUCGACAGCCUGGCCAGAGGUGCCAAAGGAAACCAAUGAAAUCCAAGAUCCCUCUGCUCAGAAUUCCAGACUCACCAAUUCAGAUUUGACCCUGGGGCCACCUUGGACGUGGGAGGACCCUCAGGAAACCCUCAACCUCCAUCCUGAUGGGAGCGCCCUGGCUUCACUCUCUGCUCACGAGAUGCCAUCAGCUGAGGAGGAGGACGAGGAGGAGGAGGAGGGCAGCCUUUCUAUUGAGGAUGAAGGCUUUGAGCUGUUCAACUCCACCUAUAACAAAAUCACAGACCCUGGCAGGCCAGGGCUGGGCAGGAGCAGCACGUGGGUCCAUGGUCAAGGAGCCUCCAGGAAGACACACAGAGUAGCCAAGAAGGACGGUGCCUCUGCCCCCCAGGAGGAGAACAUCACCACGGAGAAGCUGACGGGGAACGCGGGCACCCAGCGGCGGCUCCCGCCCGGCAAACCCGGCCAUGCCAUCACCAACCUGGUGCCCCACACCUUCCCCAAGGUCCUGGCAGCACGUCAGGCAGCUGCUCCCCAGGGAAAUGUGCCCAGAGGUGCCGUGAGGACAGCAGAGCAUCAUCCCCUGGUAGCAGCCAGACCCGCUGUCCCAGGGCUUGGGGACGGCGCUGCCCACGCAGGACACUCUGUGCCGAUGGUGGCACGUGGGCAGCAAGGACACGUGAGACCAGGACCCCCAGGGCUGCCAGGACCACCAGGGCUGCCGGGCUGUCCUGGCAGACGGGGACUGGUGGGGCCCAAAGGAGACAAGGGAUACCCUGGAGCCAUGGGCAGGAUGGGCCCCCCAGGUGACCCAGGCCCUGUGGGCAUCCCUGGUGUGCCCACCAUCGUUCUCUGGAGGAACUCCAGGGAGGACUGGCAGACCUUCACGGGUGAACCCGGGCUCCAGGGCUUGCCAGGGCGUGGGGGUUACCCUGGCUCAGAUGGCACCCCUGGCCUGGAUGGCAAACCUGGGCCCUGGGGGCUGCCAGGGGAGCAGGGGCUGCAGGGCUUCCAGGGCGACCAUGGGGUGGCUGGAGAGAAAGGAGAGGAGGGUUUCCUGGGUGACCCUGGGCCGGCUGGGGAGAAAGGAGAGAAGGGAGUGAAGGGGGUGAAGGGAGAAAAUGGCCUGCCAGGUCCUGCUGGCCUCCAGGGGGUGCCAGGUCUGAAGGGUGUGAUGGGCUUCCAGGGCCCUGCAGGGCCAGAGGGAGAAGGAGGCUCAGUGGGUCCCCCAGGCCCUGCUGGCCCUGUGGGGGAGCCGGGCCAGCCAGGAUCCAUCGGAUGCAGAGGCAUCAAUGGCUCUCAGGGGGAGAUGGGCCCUCCUGGCCUGCCUGGCCCACGGGGCCCCAAGGGGCCACAGGGACUGCAGGGCAGACGUGGCCCCCCCGGCCCCAGGGGCUCCCAGGGUCCAGCUGGGAUGGAGGGAUCCAGUGGUCCCAAAGGAGACACCGGAGCAGAUGGUGCCCCUGGAGGGAGGGGACAGCCCGGACUGGAGGGCCCUGGGGGGUUUAUUGGCCUGCCGGGUCCCAGAGGUGCCCAAGGAGAGCAGGGCUGCCGAGGUCCAGGAGGAGCCAAGGGAGACCUGGGGGCCAAAGGAGAUAAGGGUCCACGUGGAGCACAAGGAGCAAAAGGCCCCCCGGGGAUCCGGGGCCAGGGUGGCUUGCAGGGCUUUCCCGGCCCCCGAGGGGCAGAGGGGCCCCGGGGCCCAGACGGGGAGGAAGGUCAGAUAGGCCCAGCAGGGCUGAACAGCAGCGAGGGACCCAAGGGAGGCCAAGGACCUGAUGGCCCCAAGGGAAGCACAGGAGCCCGGGGAACCCGGGGCCGUGUGGGUCAGCGUGGGCUGGUUGGAGUCCCAGGACUGCCUGGCUCGAGGGGUGUCCCGGGAGCAGAAGGAGCAGAAGGAAAGCCUGGUACACAGGGGUUUGCUGGUUUGCCAGGAGGCCGUGGGCACCUUGGACCUCCUGGAUCAAUAGGCUCUCCAGGAAAGCCUGGACCUGAUGGAGACCCGGGUUCCCUGGGUCCAAAGGGCCUGCCUGGGAAACCUGGCUUGGAGGGGCCACAAGGACCUGUGGGCACCUACGGCUAUCCAGGACCUGCUGGUGACCGUGGAAGGCCAGGGCGCAGGGGAGACAAGGGCAAAACUGGUGACCCAGGUCCUCGAGGGCUCCCAGGGCUGCCUGGUGUUCCUGGCAUGCAGGGGCCGGACGGCAUUCCCGGGAAGCCUGGCUUGGCUGGAGAAACAGGGGCUCCUGGAGCAGCCGGUGCUGCUGGCCUGCCUGGGUACCCGGGCCGGGAAGGUCCAAGUGGGCGUGAAGGGCCUUCAGGGAUGAGAGGAGAGAAGGGUGAUGUGGGAGAUCCUGGGGACGCUGGUGUCCGUGGGCUGGAUGGUGAGCAGGGACCACCGGGACCACCAGGAAUGGAGGGUCAGCCUGGGCCCAAGGGAGAGCAGGGAGAGGCAGGAACCCAUGGAGCUCCAGGUGUCAGAGGGAGCCCUGGGGAGCCAGGGGAUGAGGGACCAGAGGGGCCUCCAGGGCGGCCUGGGAAGCAGGGGAAGGAGGGUGACACCGGUGACGUUGGAGACCCAGGAGAGCCAGGACCUCGGGGACGGAAGGGUGAUGCUGGGCCCAGGGGCCUCCCUGGAGUGUCUGGGCCAGGAGCUGCCACAGGGGAAAUCGGAGGAAAAGGCCAGAAAGGAGAGAAGGGCCGAGAAGGUUUGAUGGGCCAGGUUGGGGUUACUGGAGCUGCAGGACCUGCUGGAGCCAGAGGAUGGUUUGGUGGGACAGGACUCCGAGGUCCUCCUGGGCUCGAUGGUCCUGAGGGAGAGAAGGGAGAUCCAGGACCACGAGGCAUGGAUGGACCUGCUGGUGCUGCAGGAUUGGAGGGACUUGCUGGAGAUGAUGGAGUGAAGGGAGACAGUGGCAAGCCCGGUCCAGCGGGCUCAGCAGGGGCUCAGGGGCUGGCAGGUGCCCCCGGGCUCCGGGGAUACACCGGGCAUGAAGGAGCCAGAGGAGUGAUGGGCACCAAGGGGAAGCCAGGCCAGCAGGGUUCUCUUGGGCCCCCGGGCGAAGCUGGAACUACGGGACUGAGUGGCAUCGAGGGCCUGGUGGGUGCAAAAGGGGAGCCAGGCAAGCCAGGGAAACCAGGACAAAUGGGCUCUCCGGGACAAGCUGGUCCUAAAGGAUGGAAAGGUCACAAAGGAGAAAAGGGCGACGUGGGGCAGGAAGGGCGAGGAGGGGUCCCUGGAGAAGCUGGCAGACGGGGCAAGAGAGGCAAGAUGGGCCACCAGCCCCCACGGGGUCCCCGGGGGCACAAGGGCUACCCAGGUGUCAAAGGGCUUCAAGGACCCCAGGGCCCCCAGGGACCCUAUGGCAUCCCAGGGCUGAAGGGCAUGAAAGGAGACCCUGGACCCAAAGGGCACAAGGGUGAGAAGGGCAGCAUUGGCGACCUGGGCCAGCAAGGGGACGAUGGCUUCAAGGGCAAGCCAGGACCCCAUGGCGUCCCUGGGAGGCCAGGACCCAAGGGAAAACAGGGUGACACUGGCCCCCCUGGCCCACGGGGACACCCUGGUAUUCCCGGGACACCGGGCUUGUCUGGACCCAAAGGGCUGAGGGGCUUCCCGGGACUGCCGGGCCCCAGGGGCACGCCGGGAAUGCCGGGUCUCACUGGCCCCCCUGGUCCCAGCGGGCCCGCACUGGUGCUGUCCCAGGAGGAGCUGCAGCACCUCAUUUAUUCCUCCAACCACCUGAACUACACUGCAGUCUGGGCUCUGCUGGACACCCUGAACCAGGAGCUCCAAGCCCUCGUUGAGCACCCCAAUGGCACCAAAACCAACCCAGCAACCACCUGCAAGGAGCUGCUGCUGGCACACCCCAGCCUGCCUGAUGGGCAGUACUACAUCGACCCCAACCAGGGCAGCCCCCAGGACGCGCUGGUGGCUUUCUGCAACUUCACAGCAGGAGGGGAGACCUGCAUAGCCCCCAUCCACAACCAGGUCCCCAUCAAGGCUUGGCUGAGCACCUACAGCUCGGAGGGCACCUUUGAGUGGUUCAGCACCCUGCCCGGGGGCUUCCUGCUGGAAUACAGGGGGGCCAGCCCGGUGCAGCUCCGUUUCCUGCGGCUGCACAGCAGCCUGGCCACCCAGAAGGUGUCCUACUCCUGCAGACCGGCCCCCGAGCGGGACCACCCGCAGCCCGACAAGGAAAUCCGCUUCCUGGCCGACUCCCGGGAGCAGAGCUAUGCAGCCAGCCUGCAGGGCUGCCUGCUGGACAACGAGUCCUCCAUCACCGACACCAUCUUCCAGUUCAGCACGGAGGAGCUGUCGCUGCUGCCCCUGCGGGACCUGGCGGUGUUUCACGACGGCGACGCCUCGCACCAGUUUGGUUUCACAGUCGGACCAGUUUGCUUCAGCUGAAACUGGUGCCGCCCAUACCGAGCCAAGCCGGUUCCCUCCCCGCCCAAGAGCCAUCCUGUGGGGGCUGGGGGUGGCCCCCUCCCCGGAGCUGCAGGUUCUCUCCGAGAUAUCCGUGUUUGUAGCUGCAUUACGCCACGGACUACACUGCCUUCUGGAAUAGAAGAAUAUUGUUUACAGAAGUCGUUUCUCUAUAAAUUAUAUAUAUAUAUUAUAUAUGUAUAUAUUAUA